GCGGAUGAUGAUGAUGAGAGCGUGACCUCACCGCUUUCUGCACAGCUGCUGGAGAGAGGGAGAGACACAGAGAGAGAAAGCGAGAACCAGAAACACUUUGAGGGAGACAGAGCGAGGUACGGAACAGCGGAGAACAUUCACAACACAGGGGUAAACUGCUCGGCGCGCGGGGACUCUGUCGCGGGGCGUCCGUUGGCUGCUUCCCGCCGGUCCGCCUCCCAGAAUGUUCUGCGCCCCCGGUUCAUUUCUCGGGUACAUGAACCAGUCACUGCGACGUUCCCACCGACACUGAAGCCCAGAUGCUUACCCUCUCCGCCGACAUGGACGAGUCUUCGUCUCUGCUGGAUCUGCUGGAGUGCUCGGUGUGCCUGGAGCGACUGGACACCACGGCCAAGGUGUUGCCGUGCCAGCACACCUUCUGCCGCCGCUGCCUGGAAAACAUUGUCAGCUCCCGGAACGAGCUCCGCUGCCCGGAGUGCCGCAUCCUGGUGGAGUGCGGAGUGGACGACCUCCCGGCUAACAUCCUUCUGGUUCGCCUCCUGGACGGUAUUAAGCAGCGGCCCCAGCAUCGAGGGAGCGGAGGAGGAGUGGGAGCAAGGCAGUCCCUGGCCGGGGGCUCGCUGCAGGGGUACGCAGCCGGGAUAUCAGCUUCUCCCCCGGGCAGUGCGAUCAGAGAGCUGCCCGUAGCCAUCAGGAGCUCCCCUGUUAAGAGUAUCCCAGCGCUGCCUUGCGGUAAAGCCCUCUACUCCUACGAAGGAAAAGAACCAGGCGAUCUCCAAUUUUCCAAGGGUGACAUCAUCAUCCUGCGACGCAAGGUGGAUGACAACUGGUACCACGGCGAGCUCAACGGUUGCCAUGGUUUCUUGCCCGCUAGUUACAUCCAAUUGCUGCGUCCCCUGAGCCAAACUCCACCCCAGGGCAAAGCACUGUACGACUUUGAGGUCAAAGAUAAAGACCAGGAUAAAGACUGUCUGGCCUUCAGCAAGGAUGAGGUACUGACAGUAAUCAGGCGAGUGGACGAGAACUGGGCAGAAGGCAUGCUGGGAGACAAGAUUGGCAUCUUCCCCAUUCUCUAUGUGGAGUUAAAUGAAACAGCCAAGCAGUUGAUGGAGAUCGACAAGCCCACGCCAACUAACGUUCCCGGUCCGAGCACCGAGCCAGCACCGUUGGGCCCCUGCUCUCCUGGUCCAUCCCCCAGAGCAUCCCCGUCCAAUGGAAACGGCUCUGGCCAUCGGAGAGGUGAAGGGAAGAAAAACGCCAAGAAGAGGCAUUCGUUCUCGGCGCUGUCUGUCAACCAGAGGGCCGCCCAACUCCACAACAGACACAGCAUGGAGAUCUCCCAUCCGGUCCUCAUCAGCUCCUCUGACCCCAGAGCUGCUGCACGCAUCCAGGAUGCAUCUCACCCGGGUCCCUCUCCCUCCUCGGUCGGGGUACUGGUGCCUCCCAAAGUGGCAUCCAUAACCUCUGAGUUGCUGGCCCACGCUAAGGUGCAGCUGCCACUCAACAUAUAUCUGGCUUUAUACGCCUACAAGCCCCAGAAGGCUGACGAGCUUGAACUUAGGAAAGGGGAGAUGUAUCGGGUGACAGAGAAGUGUCAAGACGGGUGGUUCAAAGGCACCUCGCUGAGAACCGCUGCCUCUGGUGUCUUCCCGGGAAAUUACGUCACCCCCGUGUCCAGGGCUCCGUUUGGUGCUUCUCGGUCAACUUUGUCCAGUCCAGUAGGUGGAGGAGGAGGAGGAGGAGGAGGGUGCAGUAAAACCUCCGAUCCUUCAUCCCCAGGCUCCCCGGGGCCCUCUUCGUCCCGUCCUUCCACCCCACUAGUAAACUCUGUUGCCAGUCCCGCUUCCUCUCCACAAACGGCCGCCGCCCAGCUGAAGAACUGCCUGCGCUCCGGUCAGCAUACGGUUAACCAGGCACGCACCUCAAUGCAGCUGGUCCACAGUCCUCCCGCAGGAAGCCCAGAGCGCCCCACGGUGGCCCUCUCCCCCCUGCGUCCUCAGAGUUCCUCCCCCUCACGAUGCACCGGCCAAUCGGGUCGUCCUCACUCCAUGGUGUCUCCGGGACCCAGCUUGGGGCCCUCACCCCUCUCUUCCCCUGCAUCGAGGCCCCUCCUCCCCCUCUCCUCACCUCUCUCCUGCCUCACGCCUCCCAACGUGUCAGCGGUGCUCCUCAACGGGGACCCAGCCAGUCCCAUGCAGGCGCCAUCGCCGGGCCCCUCCCACGCCCCCAAACCAGAGAAGAAGGAGAGGAAAGCAGGGGGUUUACUAAAGCUCUUGUCGGGGGCGGCAGCCAAGAAGAAACCUCGCUCACCUCCCUCCUCCCCGCCCACCCAAGACCCCUCAUUGGCUGGCCAUGGCGGCGUGGCUACCGACCCCACCCACCAUCCUCACCACCAUCACCACCACGGCCGCUCAGGUUCCUGUCCGAUGGCGUCACAUGGGCGAGCCGGCUCCUGUCCAAUCGAGAGUGAGAUGGGAGGGGCCAUCGGGCUGGAGCCUCUGCACAGGAAGUCCGGUUCACUUGACACUAACUUCCCCAUGUCGCCCCCGGCAACACGGGCCGUCAAUGCUCUGAUGGUCCUCCGGCCUGAACCCAAACCCCUAUCCAGAGAAAGGUAUCGUGUGGUGGUGCCCUACCCGCCCCAGAGCGAGGCGGAGAUCGAGCUACGGGAAGGGGACGUGGUGUUUGUCCACAAGAAGAGGGAGGACGGCUGGUACAAAGGCACCCUGCAGAGGACAGGGAAGACCGGCCUGUUUCCCAGCAGCUUCGUCGAGAGCUUCUGAACUGGAGGAAGUGGACAAAAGAACAAAAUGCUGCUCCUGUUUCUGAGUUGCAAAACACACACACACACACACACACACACACACACACACACACACACACACACACACACACACACACACACACACACACACAAACACAGCUACAUACAAACACAAAGGAUGGACUGACAUUGGUUUCCAAGAAUUACACUUUUGGAUUAAAGACGGACACUGCAAAAAGAAACUUGCACUUUAUUUAUAUAGCACUUAUCUUAACAAAGUGCUUCACAACAAGAGAAACUACAAUUUUAACAAAAUACAAUAUAGAUGAAUAAAUUACAUUUGUAAUGAAAUUCACACAGAAAUAAAAAGUUUUCUUUUAAAAGAAUGUUUUGAGGAGAGGUUAAAAAAAACUGUGAUAGAUUUAGCAAACAUCAUCCCAGCAUCCCAGAACAAGAAGCUCUGAAAUAAUCAAAUUAAAAGCUAUUGAAUACUGGCACAAAACAUCAUUAAUAGUGAUUGCAUUCAGAAACCCAUAUCGGUCCAACUAAUUCACACGCGCGCACACACACACACACACACACACACACACACACACAUACAGGAAAGCUAGCCCCGGCUUCAACCAGCCACACAGGAAGCAGGGCAGCUUGGAUCAGAGAGGCUCCGUCGGACUCGUCAUCUGGACCCGUGAUGUUGACUACUGAAGGCACACAGACUCAAAGAGCACAGAAAGACAAACCCUGCCUCCCAGUUCUCCUCCUUGGCAUCGUCCACCAGCAAACACUAGCACAAAGAGCAUUAGCUCUGCUUUCCACUGAGACCUCAGAACUUGAAUUUGGGUGCUUUCUAUGUUUGAAAAAUGCAGAUUUAUCAGCAGGUGAUGAAGGAAGUGUGUGAGCCUACAGUCCAGGAUCAUUGUAAGCACAUCUCUGUGUCUAGUUUGUGACAACAAGCACAUGUGUUUCUUACCAACCCAAUAUAUGUUAUUAACAAUGCAUGUAGCAUUAUUAAGUUUUUUCUUUAUAUAUAUGUUGAAAUAGAUGUUUGUGUUGUCCCAAACUAGUCAUGCUGUGAUGAUCUGUCACAAGGUGCAAAAAGUAAAAUAUGAAUUAGGGGGUUCAUUCUACUAUUUAUAUAUCUUACAUAAAUUUAUACAGCAAUUUUUUUAAUUUAAAUGUGUCCUUUAUAGAAGCCCCACAACCCGGCUGAACUGAAUAAACUGGCUUGCUGAAUGUAGGAAUAAACAAAAACAUUACGCCAAAACUCUUUAAAGACGUUUUUAAUCCUUUAUGUGGGAUUAUAGAGACAAAGAAUGCACUUGGUAAUAUGUAAUACAACCAAUAUAUAUAUAUAUAUAUAUAUAUAUACAGUAUUUUACACACAUUAGGCAUUUCUGUUGCUAUUGGUCACAUCCUCUUUCUGUAUUUAAGCACAAACCUCUUUGGCAGGACACAAAUCUGAAUCUACCCUUUUUAGUUUGAAAUGUAAAAACUCCUAAACAACCCAACAAAGAACAUAGUUACUAAUGCUGAGAUCAGAACUACAGUACAUUCUUUCUAACAGUAAUUCCUCUUCCUCAGCCUUUCCUUGAAUUUCUGUCUGACUGCAGCACUGUUGUGUGUGUGGAUUCGAUGCUCACGGAAGAAUGUACGGUCGAGGGGGAAAACACCUGAAGUCAGAAGGCAGGGACGCAGGACUCUCAUAACACAACUGCCAACCUUUGACAACAACUUUUCCUCCGAUCUCGUCAAACGUCUAACGAGUAUUUUUGUACGGCUUCAGUGAGUGUACAGUCAGUCUGCUUUGUGAAUUUCUACGUUCUGAGUGUGGAUCCAGGCUUGUCUAGUUUACAUCCAGCCACAACCAACCAUCUACCUUGUUUCCCUGUUUCUGCAGAUAGAAGCACAGCGAAACUCAGAGCUUGACUCGCUAACUGCGUGUGUGUGUGUGUGUGUGUGUGUGUGUGUGUGUGUGUGCGUGCGCGUGUCACCCAGAGAAUAAUACUGGCCAUGUAUCAAUGAAAGAACAUAGUUAAUGAAUAGUUUCCCUCACCUGCUGUUUUUUUUAUAAACUGGGCCAUAAUGAAGCACAAACAACUAGUGGCACACAGGUGAGGCUUGCUGAUUGGCUGAGCACACACAUGUCUAACUGGGUCAGAACCAGGUAAGAGUCUGUCAUUGGCUAAGCACACUUGACUUCUUGGUGAACUGCCUUCAUGUCAUAUUGGAAAGACAAUAAAUACAAACUUCUACUUUUUGCAUUGCAUCAAUGAAAAGUUUCACAGAGUCAACAAAACGCUUCAGCGUCAAAACAGUUUGGAAACUUCUGUCAUUUCUUAUUCCCAUAUGGUGUGAAUAAACACCCAGACAUUGCUACAAGCUCUCACACAUUUACAGAAAACAAGCACAACCCAAAAAUGAUAUUGCAGACAAACAAUUCUGACUGAACUCUGCAGUUCAAUGCCACAAGUCUUUUUUCUUACCAGCCUUUUUCCCAGAUUAUUGCUCCAAAAAUGUUGUUGCAAUUAUUUUCCUUUUUUUUUGUCCAUGUAAAUCUUUUCUGCGUAAUAAGUUAAAUUGAAUUUGUAUCUUAUUCAAAUUGUUUUAAUGUGUUCAUGUUCACCUUGAACUUGAAGUGGAUGUGGCAAAAGCACAAGCAGUUUUUAUUUUUGUAUUUAUUGUUUUUAGAUUGUGGUAAAAAAGAACUCGAUCCUGAUCUUAAACUGUGAACGAGAGUGAACAAAAUCGUGGAAGAGGAGUAAAAGUGAUUACAGCAUGGUCUGCAAUCAUCUUCUGGCUGCUAGCAGUGCAUUAUGGGUAAUCCUGUGAGUCUGGAGCAACAGAUGAAACCAAAAACACUCUGCAAUUUAGAUUUAGAUUGUUUUCUUAGUCAGAAACUCAGACACACACACACACACACACACACACGCACACACACUUAGUAAAAGACUAGGGCUAGUCUGUCAGUUUGAUUCUUUUUGUUUAAUUGAACAAUUCUAGCAUAUUUCACAAGUGUGCCGGACUUUGAUUUGUCCGACAGAAGUUAUUCGAAGAAUCAAUACAGAAAUAUCUGCAUUGGACUUUAAAAGCUGUCAGUCAAAAUCCUUGUGCCUACAAAUGCCAACAAACACUAAGUAUUUAUAUCAGGCAGACCAACCCAUCUUUUGUCUCUUCCUCAUUUUCUUGUUCUAGUAAAAUAAUGUUUUUCUCGCAGCUCUGCUUUGUUUGACUCAAUGACAAAAAACCAGCAGAUCCCAGAACAGCUCUGCACAAACCCUGAGCAAGUUUUCCCCUAUCUGUUUGUAUGCCUGCUGAAGGACUCUCAUUUCUACCGAGUCAAACUCAAGCACAAGUCCUCAUUUGUGUCAGAGACCAACGGCUCUCGGAGGUCUUAUUUUGUUUUCACGAGGUUGAUGCUGUGAGGAGGAGAAGAGUUUACAACUGUCAAAACAUCAGGAAUACAAACCACAGUGGUCACUUUACAUAGAAUAUCUUAAACCGCUGGUUUCACAAAUGUUUCCAUGUCGUUUGUGUUUUAUUAACGUGAUGUAAGCUUGUCUUUCGCCUCAAGCUUCCUGGUUGUAAAUACCACUUGCGAACUUGUUGUAAUUUCUAUUGGACAUGAACACAAAACAAAACAUUGCACAUACAUUUUUUUUAUUGGACUUGUUAUUAAAUUACUGUGCACUUCCUGUUUUUGUCCUUCCAGGAAGCCUGAGCGCUCAACCUGCCAUCUUGAAUUAGAUGUCGGCCAUAUUUGUUCCUAUGGAUACUUGUGUGUGUAUGUGUAUGUGUGUGUGCGUGUGCGCACGAGGGGGGGGGGCCUCUGUAUGUAGCUCUUUGCAUAAAAAAGGAACUUUAUGAAAAAGUUUGGUGCGGCGUGGACGUCCACGCCUCAUCAAGAUUAAGUUGGGUUCAAAACAGUGGUACAGCGAGGGAAACA